AUGCAAGAACCGAGUGCAACACUUUUCUCAUCACAAUCCACUGAGGCUGAGAAAUCACUUAACGAGGAAGAGGUUGAUGAUGAUAAUUUCAUGGUUUCUUUAGCUGAGCUUAAAAUAUAUGAUGAAUUAAUAAUGUCAGGUAAGAAGUUAAAGAUUUUAAACUCCAAAAUGAAUUCGAUUCUUCAAUUCUUGGUUGACGCUGGAAGUAAGAAUUCAGUCAGUGGGGUCGAAGUCGAGUAUCUUCUCAAAGAUCAUGAGUCUCAAUUGAAGUCUUUUAUUGAAUAUGUUGAUAAGCGAACUGAUGAUCGAAUUAUCACUCAAUCUCAUACUUUCAACCAUGAGAUUUCAAAGUUGUGUGAUGUUUCGAAAGAACGUCAUGAACUUUUCGAGAAACAACUUACAGAAAUGAAAGUCUUUCUAGAGAAUCAGUUGAAGGAAAUUUGA